AGACAGAAACUCGACUGAUGAGGCAGCUUUCAUCUCUCAGUGCAUCAUGGAUCUGAUCUCUGCUUGUGAACGGGCCAUGAGUCCUGUGGGUUUGGAUCUAGAGGUGACAGACCUGGUUUACAUGACCAGAAAUGCUACCUCAGUGGCCUCACAGGGGAUCUCUACAGCCACCAGGACCCUGAUACUGCUGUUCUGUGUGCUGCUUGCUGCAUGGAGCCACACAGACAAGAAGUCUGUACCAGGCCCUUCUUUCUGUCUUGGUUUGGGGCCUUUUCUUUCAUACAUGAGAUUCAUUUGGACUGGCAUUGGCACAGCAACUAACUACUACAACAGCAAGUAUGGAGACAUAGUUAGAGUGUGGAUCAAUGGAGAAGAGACACUCAUACUCAGCAGGGCAUCAGCUGUGCAUCAUGUCCUGAAGAAUAACCAUUAUACUUCGCGCUUUGGGAGUAAGCAGGGCCUCAGCUGCAUUGGCAUGAAUGAGAGAGGAAUCAUAUUUAACAACAAUGUGACUCUGUGGAGGAAGAUACGCACCUAUUUCACCAAAGCGCUGACAGGUCCGGGCUUACAGCAGACGAUGGACGUCUGUGUCUCAUCCACACAGAGUCAUCUGGACCAGCUGGACAGGUUGGAUCACGUUGAUGUGAUCAAUCUGCUGCGCUGCACCGUGUUCGACAUCUCCAACAGACUCUUCCUGGAUGUUCCUUUGAAUGAGAAAGAGCUGAUGCUGAAGAUCCAGAAGUAUUUUGACACUUGGCAGACUGUGCUCAUCAAACCAGACAUUUACUUUAAGUUUGACUGGAUUCACCAGCGGCACAGAACAGCAGCUCAAGAGCUGCAAGAUGCCAUAGAGAGCCUUGUGGAGCAGAAGAGAAGAGAAAUGGAGCAGGCAGAUAAACUAGACAACAUCAACUUCACUGCAGAGCUCAUAUUUGCUCAGAGCCAUGGAGAGCUGUCUGCAGACAAUGUGAGGCAGUGCGUGUUGGAGAUGGUGAUCGCAGCCCCAGACACUCUGUCCAUCAGCCUCUUCUUCAUGCUGCUGCUCCUCAAACAGCAUCCAGACGUGGAGCUGCAGCUGCUGCAGGAGAUAGACACUGUUGUAGGUGACAGACAGAUGCAGAACGGAGAUCUUCAUAAGCUGCCGUUGUUGGAGAGCUUCAUCAAUGAAUGCUUACGCUUCCACCCUGUGGUGGACUUCACCAUGCGUCGGGCCUUGUGUGAUGACAUCAUAGAAGGCUACAGGGUGCCAAAGGGGACAAAUAUCAUCCUGAACACAGGACGAAUGCACCGGACAGAGUUCUUCCUCAAACCUAAUGAAUUCAGGUUGGAGAACUUUGAGAAAAAUGCUCCUCGGCGUUUCUUCCAGCCGUUCGGCUCGGGCCCCCGCUCUUGCGUUGGGAAGCACAUCGCCAUGGUGAUGAUGAAAUCCAUCCUGGUGACAUUGCUCUCUCAGUACUCAGUUUGCCCUCAUGAGGGUCUGACCCUGGACUGCCUCCCGCAGACCAACAACCUGUCCCAGCAGCCGGCGGAGCAUCACGAGGAGAGCGAGCAACUCAGCAUGAGAUUCUUACCAAGACAGAGAGGAUGCUGGGAAUCUCUCUGAGAGCCCUCACCUUUGUUUUUAUUAUUGUAUUAUAUCACUGAUCCUUAUAAAAUGUACGUUUUCAUAUUUUCUUAUAUUUCUUUGUUGUAUAGAGCUGAAUUCUGUAUUUGUUGUUGUAUUUUGUUGAAUUUGUACAUUAGUGUUAAGAUGAGAUGCUGACAUUAAAUUGACUUUUUUG